AGACAACUCUCCCAUGUCAGAAACUGGCUCUGAUGCUCCCACAGAAAAGUCCUUCAAAUGUGACACCUGUGGAAAGGAUUUUUUGUUUAGGUCUAUAUUGAAAAUACAUCUGAGAAGGCACACAGGGGAGAGGCCCUAUUCUUGUGAAACGUGUGAAAAAACAUUCAAGUAUCCAUCAAAUUUGAAAACUCAUUUAAGAGUUCACACAGGUGAGCAGUCGUAUUCUUGUCAGACACUUGAGGAGACUGUCAGAUGUAUCGAUACCUCGUCUAACCACACGAGCGAAGCCACAAGAUGUGACAGUGUAGACAACUCUGCCAUGUCAGAGACUCACUGUGACACUCAGGCGGGUAAAAAGGCUUUCAAAUGUGACACUUGUGGAGAAGAUUUUGGGUUUAUCUCCUUGUUGAAAUCACAUCUGAGAGUCCACUCACAGGAUAAACCAUAUUCUUGCAAAACCUGCGGGAAAAAAUUUAAGCGCUCAACUCAUUUGAAAGUUCAUUUAAAAAUCCACACAGGUGAAAAGUCAUACUGUUGUGAGACUUGUGGGAAAAAAUUUAGGCAGAAAUCAGGAUUAGCUACUCAUUUAAGUGUCCACACAGGUGAGAAGUCAUAUUGUUGUGAGACUUGUGGGAAAAAAUUUAGGCACAAAUCAGGAUUAGCUAAUCAUUUAAGUGUCCACACAGGUGAGAAGUCAUAUUGUUGUGAGACUUGUGGUAGAAGAUUUAGGCAAAAAUCAUCAUUAGAUACUCAUUUUAGACUCCACACAGGCGAGAGGCCAUAUUCCUGUGAAACAUGUGGGAAAAGGUUCAUUCAGUCCUCAUCUUUCCAUGAUCAUUUAAAAAGCCAUUCUGAUGAGAAACCACAUUCCUGCAAUACAUGUGGGAGGGCUUUCAAAAAGAGAGGUGACUUGAGAAGCCACAUGAGAAUUCACACAGGUGACAGACGAUAUGCCUGUAAAAUAUGUCUGAAGAGAUUCAUGCGUAGUAAUCACCUUACAGUCCACAUGAGAACACACACAGGUGAGAGACCUUUUUCCUGCAGAAUAUGUCAGAAUACUUUCAAAAGACAUUAUAACUUGAAAGUCCACAUGAGAAUCCACACAGGUGAGAGACCAUAUCCUUGCACCGCCUGUAGGAGAAAAUUCUCUCUGAUAGGCACCUUGAAAAAGCACGUGAGAAGAGCCCACACUGUGAAAAGCCACACCACUGCAACAUCUGAGGAAAAAGACACUUAAUGUGUGUCAGUUUGGAAGGUGGAUAAGAUCAGGUACAGACAAGUAGCCUUGUAUUUGCAGAAUAUAUGAGAGAGGGUUUAGUUGUAGUGGUUCAUGACCAAAACACACAAGAACCCACAGAAGUUAAGACAGAAUUGCAGCUAGCUCCUUUGAAAAAUGUUAUCUGAAAUUUCAAGCUUGGAAAAAAUAGAGAAUCUGUUUCCACAGAAGAAACUAUAAAGAUGAGUUUAGGAGAGUUUGCCUGUAAUUGAAAGUAUAACAUCUCC